AUGUUUCCCUCUCCUUCAGGACCACCGGGCAAUGGGGGUGAUGACCUUGAAGCCCGACUGCGUGGUCUUAUCCUCAGCAAUGCUGGCACUCAGGCAAUCCCGGAGACCGCACAGGGUGCUGAGACUAAAUCUCAGUUGCCACCUCAUAUGCUGAGCGCAACUUUGGCGGAGCAGCAAGACUACCUAGCCAAUUUAAGUCUUCCGCGCAAGCAAAAUUUUGACAGCUUGGAUGCUCAACCAGGGCGAAAGAGACCCAAUCAAGCGCAAAGACGGCAGAUCAACUCACGGCUUUCCAUGGAUAUUGAGCCACGCCCAAGCCCUGCUACUCAAGGACCUGGAUUUGGACCUGGUACUGGAUUUGACCGGUCCCAGUGGUCGAAGCCCCCUCAUAAUAAGGCCCCUCAAAUAAAACAUAAUCAAGGAUAUCCUCAGCACCAAACCCAUUCACCGCGCUUCCAAAAUAAUGGGCUUCCAAGCUCGUUCCCGUCUCAGCCCUUCUCUCCGCAAAACAGCCCGCGAUCACCAAUGCAUCGGUACCCGCCUGGGUCGGAACCUCAAAUUGCAUUUCAGCAAGCAUCGAAUCAGUAUUCGCAGUUUCAAUCACGCUAUGCUCCGAGACCUACUCCUCAUGGCCGACAACUUUAUCAACCUAACCACUAUCAAAACCAAGGACGAGGUGCGCCAUCUGGCUGGGGCGCUGAUGACAUAGCGACUCAAAGUUCGUAUCUUGAGACUCUCCUACAAUCAAUUGUUCCAUCAGUCCAUAUCGACCCCCAGGAACUAUCUGAGAAGGAAUCAUUUAGAGUUGUGGUUGAGAAUGCAUGUCGAGAAGCAAUUGCGGAAUACGAAAUCAAUGAGCUAGGGUGCGAGAAGUUUGACCCUUCCACCGUUGAGCUGCAGUGCUUUGGUAGUAUGAUGUCGGGGUUCGCCACAAAGGGAUCCGAUAUGGAUCUUGCACUUCUUAGCCCCAAGUCUAACCCCGCUCCUGAUUCUCCAGAAUCCCCCAUUCCACGCCUGCUGGAGAAGAGGUUGCUGGUUAUGGGCUUUGGAGCCCGGUUAUUGACUAGAACUCGAGUUCCUAUUAUCAAACUCUGCCAGAAGCCGUCUGAGAAGCUGAAAGCAGAUCUGUUGCAGGAACGUACCAAGUGGGAGAACGGAUUUAUUGGAGGCCCACAGGAGGAGGAGGACAUUAAUGAACCAGGGCUUGAUCCAGAAGCAGUGCUGGAAGAUAUUGGGAAUGUAGCCCCUGAAGGACGCCCUCAACAGACAGAGGAAUGUUCCGAAUCAGUCGUGGAAUCUUACGAAGAAAAGUUGGCCGGUCUCAAGCAGAAGGCUCAGCAGUCGCUUGGCGACUACCAUAACGCUGCAAAACGUCUGUUGAAGAAUCUCGGCGGUCGAGAUGUGACUUCAACGAACUCGAGUACACUCGAUGAGGAUGAGUUGCGAAUCCUCAACGAUGUGUGCAAGGCUUUUGUCUCCGGCCUAUCAUCUCAGCCUCUUGUUUCUCGACUGCAAAGCUAUCCCUCGAUAUCCCCACUAUUCGACUCUUCAUUACCACCCAUACAGCGAACGCUCCAAGGAAUAAUGCACCAAAUCGAGGGAGAGCGGCUAUCCAUGGCAGUAGACCAUCGUCCUCUCACCGAGCAGAGUGAUAAACGAGAACAUGAAUGCUUGAUCGCCGUUGCGGCUUGGCAAACCAUGCAAAAUAUGAAUAGACCGGUCACGGUUACAGAGUCAUUGAGAUUCAACAGGGAUCUUUACAUUGCCCUAGAGAGGAUGAAACGAAUCAGGUCAUUACAGUUGGUCUUUCUUCAUCAGAUCCAGCAUGAGGAACCUGUCUAUUAUUAUGGGAGGGCACAAAAGCUGUUGGAAGACCUGCAAGGUUACAACCGCAAUUGGGAGGGCUCAACUGAUACUGUAACCCCUAUUGUUGUUGCUCAUUACCUCGCUGGUAUCAGUAACCUAGAGAUUCGCCAGGCUUUGCAGAAAUCUACCCGCACUACCAUGACACUUCAACGGGUUGGGCUGCAGCACAGGGCCUUGCAGCUUGCGAUGGACUACGAGAAUGCUCUGAAGACUCAUAUGUAUGAUGAAGACGAUCGUCCCUAUAUCGAAAACUACAUUGCUUUUUUAAGAAGGGUUGAUCUCACAGAUCCUGCCAGAAUCCGUGAAAAGAUUCCACAAACAGGUGAUGAAGCUAAGCUGAUUGCGAAGAUUCGAUGUCUUCCCAACCCCAAGCCUACCAAAUCUCGCGACCGUUACAAGGACCAUCUCGAAUUUCCAAAAUCGGACAUUGGUGUACAAUGCGAUAUUAACUUCUCAGCGCAUCUUGCGAUCCAUAACACUUUGUUGCUUCGCUGCUACUCGCGUUGCGAUCCUCGUGUGGAGUCUAUGGUUUUAUUUAUCAAGCAUUGGGCAAAGGCUAGAGGCAUCAACACUCCAUAUCGAGGCACACUCAGCAGUUACGGCUAUGUACUCAUGGUGCUUCACUAUCUUGUCAACGUCGCCCAGCCCUUAGUCUGCCCUAAUCUUCAAGCAGUUCAUAAGGACCCAGCUCCACAUCUGCCACCAGCUGAAAUUGAGGCGCGGAGUAUUUGCAAUGGCCACGACGUGCGGUUCUGGCGUAAUGAGCUAGAGAUUAAAAGUUUAGCAGAACGCAAAAUGUUGAACCAUAACCACGAUUCACUAGGAUUAUUGCUAAGAGGGUUCUUCGAGUAUUUUGCGAUGAAUGGUUCCAUGACAACCUUUCACCACAGGUGUUUUGAUUGGGGCAGAGACGUCUUGAGUCUCCGCACGCAGGGCGGAAUACUAUCGAAGCAAGAAAAGGGAUGGGUUGGUGCAAAGACCACCAUAGAGACCAAGACGGUUGCACCACCGAUAGCAUCUACUCUCAAGGCCUCUGAUAAUGAUUAUAGCGUACCAGCAGGAGAGAUUCGCCCGGGAACAGCAGAGGCAUCAAAAGUCAAGUCUCCCAAUCAAGCCCACAUGAAAACAGUUCAAGAAACCAAGGAAGUCCGCCACCGGUUCUUGUUCGCCAUCGAGGAUCCAUUUGAAUUAGACCACAACGUCGCAAGGACAGUGACGCACCACGGUAUUGUAUCUAUCAGAGAUGAAUUCCGACGUGCAUGGCGCAUUAUUCGCGGUGCUGGGAAACCCAACCAAACUGAUGGUGGGCUCCUAGAUCCCAACGAUAUCAUGGGAGAGGCUACUAAGGAUAGCUGGCAAGAGUUGCUAGAUCUGAUUCACGGACCGACGCCGAAGGCUGAGAUGGGAACGGGUGACAGAGGCCCCGAAAAACAAUAG